CACUGGGCCCCACAUCUGUCCAUCUCACCGGAGCUAAAACCCUUUCAAAGCAAGCCCAGAGAGAAGCAGGACUUUCCCAACUCGAGAUGGAGAGUGGGUGCAAACACUCCUUGGCCCCACCACAGCUGGCCCACCAUCAUCACCACCAUUCAAUCUCCUGUCCUCUCUUCAGAAGAUCCCUCCAUGGCCCACCUUGCUUCUUCCACCAUCACCAUCACCACCACCACCACCACCACUUCCCUCCUCCCUCCUUUUGCCCCUUUCAACACCAUUUACGCCCUCCACCGUUUGCUUUCCCGCCUCCGAUUUCCAACGGCCCUGAACCCGGUUCUCUUCCUCCAACCGUAGGUGAUGGCGAACAGGCGGUUUCUUUUCAUGGCAGGUCUGCCGGUUCGGGAUGCGAGUUGCAGGAGGAUCUGACAGUAGAACUCCAUGGAGCAGUAGUCGAAGAAGAAGAACCAGUUUUUGUUAUGACAGAUGAAUGGAUGGAGUUUUUUGCUAAAUCAGAAGCUAAAAGAAGAUUAGAGAAGCAGAAAAGGAAGCAGAAGGGCAACAAAUGAAGUGGAACUGCCUCUCUCUCUCUCUCUCUCUCUCCAAAGGAAUGGAUUUCAAUACCUACUGCUUCAUGGUUGAGAGAUUUUCAAGGAUGGUUUUAGCGGUUCUUAUCAUUAUUAUUUUUUAAAAUCUUUUCUGGGUGUGGGUUUUUUGAGUAUUUAAUGUAAGAAAGCUGAUUAUACAUCUCAUAUUGAAGGCCAUGGAUCCUAUGGUUAGGAUUGUUCGAUUGGUGGUGGACCCAAUGGUAGAAUAAUUUCUGAUGA